GGGAAUGAGAAAAGGGGAGGCCUGCCUGCAGUAGAAGCAGAGAUCUCAUUCUUUAGUGGAAUAAUCAAACUUGGCCGAUGGAACCCUCUUCCCCUCAGCUAUGUGACCGACGCACCAGAUGCAACAGUAGCUGAUGUGCUACAAGAUGUCUAUCAUGUUGUGACAUUGAAAAUCCAAUUACAAAGUUGUUCAAAGUUGGAAGACUUGCCAGCAGAGCAGUGGAACCAUGCCACAGUCCGCAAUGCCUUAAAGGAACUGCUCAAAGUGAUGAAUCAGAGCACAUUAGCCAAAGAAUGCCCACUCUCCCAGAGUAUGAUUUCAUCCAUUGUAAAUAGCACAUACUAUGCCAAUGUGUCAGCAACCAAGUGCCAGGAGUUUGGGAGAUGGUAUAAAAAGUACAAGAAGAUUAAAGUGGAAAGAGUGGAAAGAGAAAACCUUUCAGACUAUUGUGUUCUGGGUCAACGUCCUAUGCACUUACCAAAUAUCAACCAACUGACACCUUUGGGAAAAACUAAUGGACAGUCUCCACAUGGCCAAAUUCAUCACAGUACUCCAAUUCGAAACCAAGUGCCAACAUUGCAGCCUAUCAUGAGCCCUGGUCUCCUGUCUCCUCAGCUCAGUCCACAACUCGUAAGGCAGCAGAUAGCUAUGGCCCACCUGAUAAACCAGCAGAUUGCCGUAAGCCGACUAUUGGCUCACCAGCACCCACAAGCUAUCAACCAACAAUUCUUGAAUCACCCACCCAUCCCUAGAGCUAUCAAACCAGAGCCAACGAAUUCAUCCGUGGAAGUCUCUCCAGAUAUUUACCAGCAAGUCAGAGAUGAGUUGAAGAGAGCCAGCGUAUCCCAAGCUGUCUUUGCAAGAGUGGCAUUCAACCGUACCCAGGGAUUGCUGUCAGAGAUCCUGCGUAAAGAAGAAGACCCUAGGACAGCCUCCCAGUCCCUCCUGGUAAACUUGAGAGCAAUGCAGAAUUUCCUCAACCUGCCUGACUCAGAGCGGGAUCGUAUAUAUCAGGAUGAGAGAGAGAGGAGUAUGAACUCCAAUGUGAGCAUGGUGUCUUCUGCAGCCAGCAGCCCAAGUUCCUCCAGAACCCCCCAGGCCAAAACCUCGACACCAACAACAGACCUCCCCAUUAAGGUGGAAGGCGCCAACAUCAACAUCACAGCUGCCAUUUAUGAUGAGAUCCAACAGGAGAUGAAAAGGGCCAAGGUGUCUCAGGCCCUGUUUGCCAAAGUGGCUGCCAAUAAAAGUCAGGGCUGGCUGUGUGAGCUGCUCCGUUGGAAAGAGAACCCAAGUCCGGAAAAUCGCACCCUCUGGGAAAACCUCUGCACCAUUCGCCGCUUCCUGAACCUUCCCCAGCAUGAGAGGGAUGUGAUCUAUGAGGAAGAGUCCAGGCAUCACCACAACGAGCGCAUGCAGCAUGUUGUUCAGCUCACUCCAGAGCCUGUGCAGGUCCUACAUAGACAACAAUCCCAGCCUGCCAAGGAGAACUCCCCUCCGAGAGAAGAGGCCCCACCUCCACCUGGUGAGGACAGCUGUGCCAAAAAGCCAAGAUCCCGCACCAAGAUAUCCUUAGAAGCUCUAGGCAUCCUUCAGAGCUUCAUCCAUGAUGUAGGCCUGUAUCCUGAUCAAGAGGCCAUUCAUACCCUUUCUGCUCAGCUGGAUCUGCCCAAACACACCAUUAUCAAAUUCUUCCAGAACCAACGUUACCAUGUAAAGCACCAUGGGAAGCUAAAAGAGCACUUGGGUACAGUCGUGGAUGUGGCAGAGUACAAGGAUGAAGAGCUGCUGACUGAAUCAGAAGAAAAUGACUGUGAAGAAGGCUCUGAGGAAAUGUACAAAGUGGAACCUGAAGAGGAGAAUCCUGACAAAAGCAAGGCAACUCCUUCUGAGAUAAUGGGAGAUGGUAACGCAGAAAGCAAUACAUUAAUUUGAGGAUUUUGUUUGUUUUUUAGGUUUUUUCUUUUUUUGUUUCUUUUGCACACAGUCCAUGUGCAAACUGAAUGAAUUCAUCAUUGCCCAAUCAGACGUUGUCUUGACACAGACACUCAAGUGUUAAACUUCUACAUUUGACUGUAAUAAUCAUUGUAAUCAUAGGAUUAUGCCUUCAUUACUCUUGCACUUACGAAAGGGACAUCAAGCAAGUUAACAGGAAGAAAAAGACCUAUAAAAUCAAUGAAGGAAUAUUUGCAACUCUGUGCAUUUGUGUGUGUGUGUGUAUCUAUCUAUCUAGAUAGAUAGAUAGAUAGAUAGAUAUUAAAAUUGCAUGGGACAGAACUUUACAAUCUGAGUACAGACUGUGAAAUGAGUUCUUUAAAGAUGAGACUAGUUUAUGUAUUAAAACCACUUCACAAUGAGUUGCUUUGGCUUUUUGAUAAACUGCCGCCUGCUCUCAGGGUGUGGUGACUAUUUUUGAAUUCCUAUUUAUUUUCUAUGUUAUCCCUGGGUUUUUUUUAUUAUAUGGCUUCCUAUCUGGCAACUUGAUGGGUAAUUUUUGAGGUAUGUAUUUAAAGACAUGAAUCAACACUGCCAAAAAAAGAAUAAAAAAAAGAGAACCUGGAAAAAAAUCAGGGCACCUUAAAAAAAAAAAAAAAAAAAAGAA